AUGGCUUACCCGCCUCAUAUAGGAGAUUUUUUGGCUCAUCGUAACACCGAAAAUGGGGUUUGGGUUAGCAAUGAUCGCGUGAAGCAAGUCCACAGCAUCGAAGAAUUCGACGCCGCCCUCCGCACAGCAAAGAACAAGCUCGUUGUCGUCGAGUACGCUGCCAGCCACAGCCCCCAUAGCCGCCGUAUUUAUCCGUUUAUGGUGGAGCUCAGCCGCACCUGCGCCGACGUUGACUUCCUCCUUGUCAUGGGCGACGAGUCAGACGCCACCAGGGAGCUGUGCCUAAGGGAGAAGAUCGAGAAAGUUCCGCACUUCAGCUUCUAUAAGACCAUGGAGAAGAUUCACGAGGAAGAAGGCAUCGGCCCGGACGAGCUAGUCGGCGACGUGCUCUACUACGGCGACAGCCACUCCGCCGUCGUCCAGCUCCACAGCCGCGAGGAGGUUGAGAAGCUCAUCGGAGAGCAAAAAGGCUACGGCAAGCUCAUCGUCCUCGACGUCGGACUUAAGCACUGCGGCCCCUGCGUCAAGGUAUACCCAACCGUCGUCAAGCUCUCGCGCUCCAUGGCGGGAAGCGUCGUCUUUGCUCGAAUGAACGGCGACGAGAACGACAGCUGCAUGGGAUUUCUGAAAGAUAUGGGCGUCGUUGAAGUGCCGACGUUUCUGUUCGUGAAAGACGGAGAGAUUUGUGGAAGGUAUGUGGGUUCUGGGAAGGGGGAGUUGAUUGGGGAGAUAUUGAAGUAUCAAGGGGUGCGUGUUACAUAAGAUUGAAGAUUUUGUUGUCUUUGAUCUGAUUAAUUUGUUAGUAAUUGGCAUGAUCAUUGAUGGGAAUGGAAGGUUUUAUAUAAUAAUAUGAUUUAGGGUUUUGGUUGAAUAAUGUGUGCUAUGUAUGGAUUAGUGCAUGCGUGUGUUCAUCAUUUGUGUUUUGUUUUUAGAAGUAAUGCUAUUUAGGUUGAAUUGGAUGAGAUUGUAUGGAAGAAAUGAAGAUUUUGUUUUGAUGACUGGAGAGAUAAAUAUGAUGAUUUAGUUAUGGAAUUUUAUGAACUACAA